AUGUCCGCCACAGACGACGGAGAACUACCCGCAGUAUUCGAAACAGUCUACGACACACAAUCAGACACAGCUGAUAGGAUAAAAUCACCGCGCCAUGGCCUAAAACGGAUUUCUGCAGCGUGUCAAAGAUGUCGACGCAGGAAACAAAAGUGUGACGGCAGACAUCCUAUUUGCGGUGCUUGUGCAGCUGCGAAUGUCCCUUGUGUACCUUCAGACCGUCUCGUCGUAAGACCAGACAGGGAAUGCGAGUGCGACCAUCUCCGAGGACAAGUAGAACGACUGAAAGAUCGCGUUAAUGAGCUUCAAACGCGGCUGUCCAUGCAAUCUAGACUUCCUUCAGAGGCGCUAUCUCAGGCGCGUCAUGAACCUGAUGGCUCAGUAGCCAGUCUUGAAAGAGGCUACGUCGGCCGCAUGCUUCUUCCCACGUUUCGCAAUUCGGAAUCUGGCUUCAAAAGCGGUGCCUGGCAAUUGUGGAACGGGCUUUCUGCUAGCGAUACGCCUCCGACUGCCACGUCGAACACGUUUAAUCUUCAUCGAGAUGGUCUUGCGUUGAUUGAUGUGUUUUUUGAUCGACGGUGGCCGCAGUAUCCUGUUCUUCAUCGACCGACUUUCAUGGAACAGCAUUACAUACCGUACUGCAAUGGACAGAUAAGAGACAAAUUGUCUGCUUUUGAGGUUCAUAUGGUUCUUGCGAUUGGGGCUUCUGAGAAAGCGCGCAUCAGCUCUGAUGCACCUGUCUCUCACGAGUAUUUCUUUGAUGCGGCUGCUCGAGAUCUCGAUUGUGUUCUUGCAGCUGAAGAUAUCGACUGCAUUCGAUGUUUAUCGCUGCUUUGUUUGUUUGGAAGCAAUGAACCACAGUCUGUCAAUCUGUGGUAUACUGUUGGUAUGGCUUUGAGACUUGCGGUUGGUAUCGAUAUGCACAGGGAGGAAAGUCUAGCAAAUAGGUCGCUUCUAGACACUGAGAUGCGAAAGAGGCUAUUCUGGAGUCUUUACACAAUGGAUCGAAGCGUGUCUAUCUCUCUAGGUCGGCCGCUAGGUAUCCAAGACGCCGAUAUCACGAUUCCUCUCCCCGUGGUCCUCUCCGACGAACAAAUCGCAGGCCCAUCAGACCGCGCCAUACCUAAUAUCCUCCCAGACGUCCGAGACAUGUCAGCCUUUCGCCACAUCGUGGAACUUCGACAAAUUAACGGAGGGAUUUAUUCAGCUCUUCAUUCAGCAGGCGGCGCAAAUCUAGAAUCCUCCAACCUGGACGCCAUCAGACAACAACACUAUACUCGCCUUAACGCGUGGCUUUUGUCCGCCCCGAGAUAUCUCGCUCCUCUGUCAAUGUACCAAACUCCCGAGUGGUUUCAGAUUGCGUAUCACCAAGCAGUUAUUAAUCUCCACCGACCCUCUCACGCAUCACCAGUCAGCAGCGCCGAUGCGAUUCGGCUGUGCGCUGAUUCUUCAAUUAGCUUGAUAAGUUGCUACAAUGCCUUAUACGCCAAGAACAAGAUCAUAUACACAUUCGUGGCGCUCGAUUCGCUGUUCAUGGCAGCUGUCACAAUGCUGUAUUCCAUCCGCGCAAGUUCAGUUGUCCGCCACGAAUUAACCAGGGAAGUAGUCGAGUCUAAUAUUGAGACAUGUGUACGACUAGUCUCCAAGAUUUCACACGGCAAGACAGUCGGGGAACGCAGUACGCAAAUUAUCCGACGGUUGGGAAACGCGACACUGGCGAUAUUCGAUAAUAGUUCGUAUGCUGAGGGGGAGAUUGAUACGGAGUUUAUGUCGUGGUUUGGAGUCAAGAGUCAGAAUCCGGUUAGGCCGGAGUAUCCUACGCCGAGUAUUGAUACGGCUUGGAAUGAUUUGUUUGAGCAUGGAGUUGUCUAUGCAUGGAUUGUGCUGGUUGGGCUUCGGGUGAGUUCCGAAAGAGCCGAGAUAUCCGGCGGUUAUGGAGAAAUGACCAUCUACCACGACUGUUUCGGUGUAACGUUAGAUGAGCAUAUGGCGCCGUCGUUUCCGCAAACUUAA